ACUCUACUUUAACUUGUUCCGCCUAUCCUUCAUCUCAUCAUCUCCGCCAUUUGCUUUCAGAGAGAAAUUAAAUAUGGUGCAGCGUCUGACCUACCGCAAGCGGCAUAGCUAUGCUACCAAAUCCAACCAGCACAGGGUCGUCAAAACCCCCGGUGGAAAGUUGGUUUACCAGACCACCAAGAAGAGAGCUAGCGGUCCUAAGUGUCCUGUUACUGGAAAGAGAAUCCAAGGGAUUCCUCACUUGAGGCCGGCUGAAUACAAAAGGUCUAGGCUAUCAAGGAACAGGAGAACGGUUAACCGUGCCUAUGGUGGUGUUCUAUCCGCCGGUGCUGUGCGUGAGAGGAUCAUUCGAGCAUUCUUGGUUGAAGAGCAAAAGAUCGUGAAGAAGGUUUUGAAGAUUCAAAAGACCAAAGAAAAGCAAGCCGGAAAGAGUUAAAAGACAGGUUAGCAACAAGAGAUUUCUAUUAGUAAUGUGUUUGAGAGAAGUUUUGAUUUUGGCACAAUGGUUAUAAGAUGUGAACUUAUAGAUUCUUAUGGAAGGUAUUGAUCGAUUUUGAAUUUGAGCAAAUUUGUUGUGUUUGUGUUA